UCUCAUUAUGUAUUUUUGAUAUCAUACUGUGAAUAGAAUAUAGCGAUCUGAAGAUUUUAAACUUCAUCUUUUUUUAAUAUUUAUAUAGCCGACUACGUGCAUGCUAUAAAGACUUUAGUAAAUUGAGUUGUAUGAUUUAAGUGGAUGGUCAUGUGAACACAUUGUGAAAGAGGGAAAUUAAAUUAUUGAAAGUGAAUCUCGUAGGAUUUAUUUCGAAUUGGGCUACUUCCGUGUAACUGUUGUUUUGUUGAACAUUAUAAAAUUAGAGGAGUAAACAUUUGGAUAUUUAUUUUUACUCUGUGUUUUAGUUUAUAAAAUUAGUUUGCAAACAACAUACGAAUUACAAGGGGAGAUAAUCAAGGAUUUUGAAGAUGACCACGUGAACAUGAUACACGCUAAAAUAAAGACUUCCAGUCAUCAAGCUAUUUGUGGAAAUAUUUAGUGCUGCGCCAUAGUUUUUUUUGUUGAUUAGUUGAUUUAUUAUUUUUUAUUGAGAAAAAAUAUAUCGCUCCGUCGAGGAAAGUUAUUUUUUUUGUUAGUGUAUACACAUUAAUUGUGUUCCAUAUUUAGUCAAUACUUCCAAGUCUUUCAUAAUAACAUUGUUAUGGCCAUGGUCAAUCCGGCAGUACUGAAUUUGGCCGCUGCUGCCAAUGUAAAAGACUCGCGUUGGUUGACACUUGAAGUGUGCCGCGAGUUUCAGAGGAAUAAAUGUACACGGAGUGAUACAGAAUGCAAAUUUGCACACCCUCCGCCUCACGUAGAAGUACAAAAUGGCCGUGUAACAGCCUGCUUCGAUUCUAUAAAGGGUAAAUGUCAAAGAAAAGAGCCACCAUGUAAAUAUUUACACCCGCCCCAACAUUUACGAGAACAGUUGCUUCAGAAUGGCAGAAAUAACUUGAUAUUGAAGAACCUUCAGUUACAAGCUGCUCAACAGGCGGCCUUGAACCAAGGCAUGAUGCCAGGUCUUAUUCCAAUACAGACAAGACCUGCGACAGAGUUAAGUGCCCCUAUACGGCAGAACAACAAUGUCGCAUACAGUAGCCCAGCUGUUCCCCAGCAGUUCCAGAGAGCCAGACCAGAGAUGUUUGAGGCUGGUUCCCAGAAGACUGCCGUGGCUCUACCACCUACGGUUGUGCCUAGUGCCGGGCAAUACCCCCCUAUGUUGGCACACCAUUACCUAGGUGGUACCCCGACUCCCACAUCCGCUGUUGCAUUUAACCCGUAUCUCAAUGCCGGGGUCCAGACUGUGUCUGUUGCCCAGACAAAUGGAGAGUCACCAUCAUUAGUUUCCCAGCAUCCAGCUGGUGUCAUUCCAACUGCGUUUUCCAACGUUGCUACAGCAACCAAGUUGGCAAGACCAGAUAGACUAGAGGUAUGUCGUGAGUUUCAGCGUGGUUCCUGCACCCGUCAACCGAGCGAGUGCCGUUACGCGCACCCGCCAGAUAAUGUUACGGUUGACACAUCUGAAAACUGCGUAACGGUGUGUAUGGAUUACAUAAAAGGGAAAUGUACACGGGAUUCGUGUCGUUAUUUUCACCCUCCUCCUCACCUUCAAGCGCAAAUCAAGGCCUGUCAGCAAAGAGCUAACGCAGCAGCUGCGGCGCAGGCUCAAGCCUUGCCGCAAGUGGUCGAGGUAUUGACGGGCAAGAAACGACCUCGUGACCCUAGCGAGGAUCUUAUGCUGAUGUUUGGCUCCAGAGCGGACUAUUAUAAUCAGUCACAAGUACCAGGCAUGGUGGGGCAGUAUAAACGUGUCGCGGUGGCUGAUGCCAAGGGUUUGCCGAUGUAUCAACCGAUCUCUAGUAUGACGUCCUAUCAGCAGGCUAUUGCUGCGAUGCAGUUAAAUCAGCCUCAAUAUAUACCGGUGUCGUUACCGAUGGUUGUUGCCCCGGAGAUGGCAACGACAAUGGUGACGGGCCCGCUACCAGGGAGCAUUGUAUCCGGCAAUGCACAUAGUGUUAAUUACUUUGAUGAUAAUAAACAGUUGCUGGACACCCUCCCAGUGUGCAAAGAUUUUAAGUUAGGCCUGUGUCAGAGGCCAACAUGCAAGUUUGUUCAUGUUAUUGAGGAUUAUGUAGAAGUUAAUGAUGGUCGAGUGAUCGUCUGUAGGGAUGCAGUGCGUGGGAAAUGUUCGCGGCCAACUUGCAAAUAUUAUCAUAUACCAGUUGCUCUCCCACCAUCUGAAUAAAAUCAACAGAGUUUCUAUAAAUAGUAACAAUUUAGGUUUCUCAUAUAAUCUACGUGACUGUUUCUUCAUUAAGCGUUAUUUUUUUAACAAAAAAACGGAAAAAAAACGUUGAAUAGAAUUGACUAUAUCAUCAUCACAACUAAUUUUAAACGUAAAGGAGACAUAAUUCUAACAGUUUUUCUAGUCAAAAUUGUUCACCGAUAAAAAAACCCAACUUUUUUUCAUUAUCGAUUAAAGGAGAGUUACUUCCCCUGUUUCAAGUGGCCGCAGCAGUUUAUUGGAGGAGUGGGACAGUCUGCAACCAACCAAUGAAAACCAAACAUUAUGUGAUAAAAAUAGACAUUUUGUAUGUUAAUUUGUGGUUAAAAACCACUUAAAUACAAAUGCCAUAUCCGUACCAGAACAGAAAUCUGUACCAUCAACGUAUGAAAUACGUGCAAAAUGGCAUAGAUUCCUGUCCUAGUAUCGAAAUCUCUCUCUCAAUUGUGAUAUUACUGGUGUAAAAAACAAAUGUCAUCAGAGUUAUUUUUCUACAAGCUUGGGGAAGUGUCGGGAAUUAUAUGCCAUCUGCUUGUUGAUUUUUAAACCUGCUUCACUAUAUCCCAAGUUGUUUUUUAAGCACUGGAUGCCUAACUUCCAUGUAUAGCUUUAAAAGAAAACGCAUAACAAUUGUUCAAAAUGAGUAAAAAAAAAACAGUAAAAGUAACUAACAGGCGGCUCUGCUUUGUUAAUUCUGUCUAUUUUGUAUAGUAAAGGUUUCCUUUGUGAAGAAAAAAAUAGUUCUUGCUUUGGUGAUUGCAGAAGCAUUCCUAUUGAGAACAUUUGUAUUCCUACACAGUGCACUGAUUGGUUGAUUUGUGUUAAUUUUCUUUCGGGGAUUUUCAUUGGUUAAUUUCAAAUUAGUGAAUAUUGAUUUUUGACCAAUGACUAUCCAGUUUGGUUAUUAACAUGAUAAAUACCAAAAUGACAACUGCAUUACUUCUUCAUAUUUCAUGAUACUUUGAGAAAAUGGCUUCCAUGAUUUUGGUGAAGUGAAACUUUACCAAAGUCAUGAAAGCAAAGUGUUUAUUUUUUUUGUGAUGGUUCUCAAAGCAUUUUUAGUUGUUUUAAUAUUAUUGUUGUACACUUAUUAUUUUUGUAACAUAACUGGUGCAAUGCAGUAUGGUGCACGCAAACUUCCGACAUAACGAAACCCUGUUCCAAAUUUUAACAGUAUGUGCCAUAAAUUAUAAACGUCCCUAAAGCAUUGGGACAAAACUGUUUCCUAAAAUGCAUAUUUGUAUAAUUUUUUUUUUUUUUGAGAAGGCCAAUAUUGGUUUUGCUAGCUCCAGAUUAUAAUUCUGUCUUAUGAAAUUAAUGGGCUAGACUUCAUUAAUGGAUUGAAAGAUAGAUUUCAACAUCAUGUCUAAAAAUAUUCUUUAGAAUUUUUCUUGUUAAAUUUUUUUACAUUCAUUUUUUUUGUGUGACAGCCCGUUCAAAUAAAGUUAGGUGUUAUUUUUUGAUAGUCGUAAAUCUGGGGAAAGAAUAAAGUUCGUACUUUUGUUUUGAAUUGACAAAAACUGUUUUGGACACGGCAACUUUUGUUUUUACCUUGUUACUGAUAGUCACAGCUUGUGUUUAAUUAUGUUAAGUCUUUUUUUUUAUUUGGAUUAAGACACAUGCAUUUAUAUUUAUAUUUGUUAAGUAAGUCAUGAUAUUUUUUUUUUAUGAAUUCAUCUUUCAUCAUCCAAUUAUCAUCAUGAUAAACCAAAUUUCCGUUCUUGUUUUUUUUUUUUUUUUU